GCGGGGCCAGGGCGGGUGCGCGGCGGCGGCGGGGUGGCUGGGCCGGCGGCGGCGGCGGUACGAGGCGCGCGCUCGGGGUCCCGGUCGCGAGGAGGAGGAGGAUGUGGCGCGCGGAGGGGAAAUGGCUGCCGAAAACAAGCCGGAAGAGCGUUUCCCAAAGUGUAUUCUGCGGAACUAGCACCUACUGUGUUCUCAACACCGUGCCACCUAUAGAAGAUGAUCAUGGGAACAGCAAUAGUAGUCAUGUAAAAAUCUUUUUACCGAAAAAGCUGCUUGAAUGUCUGCCGAAAUGUUCAAGUUUACCCAAAGAGAGGCACCGCUGGAACACUAAUGAGGAAAUUGCGGCUUAUUUAAUAACAUUUGAGAAACACGAAGAAUGGCUAACCACAUCCCCUAAGACAAGACCGCAGAAUGGCUCCAUGAUACUCUACAACAGGAAGAAAGUGAAGUACAGGAAAGACGGGUACUGUUGGAAGAAGAGGAAAGAUGGAAAAACCACCAGAGAGGACCACAUGAAGCUCAAAGUCCAGGGAGUUGAGUGCUUGUACGGCUGCUAUGUCCAUUCCUCCAUCAUCCCCACUUUCCACCGGAGGUGCUACUGGCUCCUUCAGAACCCCGACAUCGUCCUGGUACACUAUCUGAAUGUACCGGCCAUCGAGGACUGCGGCAAGCCCUGUGGGCCCAUCCUCUGCUCCAUCAACACUGACAAGAAGGAGUGGGCGAAGUGGACCAAGGAGGAGCUCAUCGGGCAGCUGAAGCCCAUGUUCCAUGGUAUCAAGUGGACCUGCAGCAAUGGGAACAACAGCUCAGGCUUCUCAGUGGAGCAGCUGGUCCAGCAGAUCCUUGACAGCCAUCAGACCAAGCCCCAGCCUCGGACCCACAACUGCCUCUGCACCGGCAGCCUGGGAGCGGGCAGCAGCGUGCAUCAUAAGUGUAACAGUGCCAAACACCGCAUCAUCUCACCGAAGGUGGAGCCACGGGCUGGGGGCUAUGGGGGUCACUCGGAGGUGCAACACAACGACGUGUCAGAGGGCAAGCAUGAGCCCAGCCAUGGCAGGGGCACAAGCCGGGAAAAGAGGAACGGCAAGGUGGCCAAGCCAUCACUGCUGCACCAGAGCAGCACGGAGGUUUCCUCCACCAACCAGGUGGAGGUCCCCGACACCACCCAGAGCUCCCCGGUGUCCAUCAGCAGCGGGCUCAACAGCGACCCAGACAUGGUAGACAGCCCAGUUGUCACAGGUGUGUCCAGCAUGGCAGUGGCCUCUGUGAUGGGGGGACUGUCCCAAAGUGCCACAGUGUUCAUGUCUGAGGUCACUAAUGAGGCCGUGUACACCAUGUCCCCCACCGCCGGCCCCAAUCACCACCUCCUCUCGCCUGAUGCCUCUCAGGGCCUUGUACUGGCUGUAAGCUCUGACGGCCACAAGUUUGCCUUCCCCACCACGGGCAGCUCAGACAGCCUGUCCAUGCUGCCCAGCAAUGUGUCCGAAGAGCUGGCCCUCUCCACCACCCUCGAUGGUGGCCGGAAGAUUCCAGAAGCCGCCAUGAACUUUGACCCCGACUGUUUCCUCAAUAAUCCAAAGCAGGGCCAGACAUACGGGGGUGGGGGCCUAAAAGCUGAGAUGGUUAGCACCAAUAUCCGGCACUCGCCGCCUUCGGAGAGGGGCUUUGGCUUCACCAGCGUCCUCACCAAGGAGAUCAAGACCGAAGACACCUCCUUUGAGCAGCAGAUGGCCAAAGAGGCGGCAUAUUCCUCCUCAGCGGCAGCUGCAGCGUCCAGUUCCCUUACCCUGAGCGCAGGAUCCAGCCUCCUGCCAUCGGGCGGCGGUCUGAGUCCCAGCACCACCCUUGAACAGAUGGACUUCAGCGCCAUAGACUCCAACAAGGACUACGCGUCCAGCUUCAGCCAGACGGGCCACAGCCCCCAUAUCCACCAGACCCCCUCCCCCAGCUUCUUCCUGCAGGAUGCCAGCAAACCCCUACCCCUUGAGCAGAAUACCCACAGCAGCCUGAGCGACUCUGGGGCCACCUUUGUGAUGCCCACGGUGAAAACGGAGGCCUCGUCCCAAACCAGCUCUUGCAGUGGCCAUGUGGAAACGCGGAUAGAGUCUGCUUCCUCCCUGCACCUCAUGCAAUUCCAGGCCAACUUCCAGGCCAUGACCGCAGAAGGGGAGGUUACCAUGGAGACCUCGCAGGCAGCUGCAGGGAGUGAGGUCCUCCUCAAGUCUGGGGAGCUGCAGGCCUGUAGCUCUGAGCACUACUUGCAACCAGAGACCAAUGGGGUGAUCCGCAGCGCAGGUGUCCCCAUCCUCCCGAGCAAUGUGGUGCAGGGACUCUACCCGGUGGCCCAGCCCAGCCUGGGCAACACCUCUAAUAUGGAGCUCAGCCUGGACCACUUUGACAUCUCCUUCAGCAAUCAGUUCUCAGACCUGAUCAAUGACUUCAUCUCUGUGGAGGGGGGCAGCGGCGCAAUCUACGGGCACCAGCUGGUGUCGGGGGACAGCGCUGCACUCUCACAGUCGGAAGAUGGGGCGCGCGCACCCUUCACCCAGGCGGAGAUGUGCAUCCCAUGCUGCAGCCCCCAACAGGGCGGUCUGCAGCUGAGCGGCACCGAGGGCGGGGCCGGCACCAUGGCCUACAUGCAUGUCGCCGAGGUGGUCUCGGCUGCCUCUGCCCAGGGCGCCCUGGGUAUGCUGCAGCAGAGUGGACGGGUGUUCAUGGUGACUGACUACUCCCCAGAAUGGUCUUACCCAGAGGGAGGAGUGAAGGUCCUCAUCACAGGCCCAUGGCAGGAAGCCAGCAAUAAUUACAGUUGCCUGUUUGACCAGAUCUCCGUGCCCGCAUCCCUGAUUCAGCCUGGGGUGCUGCGUUGCUACUGCCCAGCCCAUGACACUGGUCUUGUGACCCUACAAGUUGCCUUCAACAAUCAGAUCAUCUCCAACUCAGUGGUGUUUGAGUACAAAGCUCGGGCUCUGCCCACACUCCCUUCCUCUCAGCACGACUGGCUGUCAUUGGACGAUAACCAGUUCAGGAUGUCCAUCCUGGAGCGGCUGGAGCAGAUGGAGAGGAGGAUGGCGGAGAUGACAGGCUCCCAGCAGCACAAGCAGACGGGCAGCGGAGGCGGCAGCGGAGGCGGCAGCGGGAGCGGCGCUGGAGGGGGCCAGGCCCAGUGUGCAUCGGGUGCCGGGACCCUAGGGAGCUGCUUCGAGAGUCGUGUGGUUGUUGUCUGUGAGAAGAUGAUGAGCCGAGCCUGCUGGGCCAAAUCCAAGCAUUUGAUCCAUUCAAAGACUUUCCGUGGGAUGACCCUCUUACACCUGGCCGCUGCCCAGGGCUACGCCACCCUCAUCCAGACCCUCAUCAAAUGGCGCACAAAGCAUGCAGACAGCAUUGAUCUGGAACUGGAAGUCGACCCCCUGAAUGUGGACCACUUCUCCUGUACUCCUCUGAUGUGGGCCUGUGCCCUGGGGCACCUGGAAGCUGCAGUGGUGUUGUACAAAUGGGACCGCCGGGCCAUCUCCAUCCCAGACUCCCUGGGAAGGCUGCCUUUGGGAAUUGCCAGGUCGAGGGGCCAUGUGAAAUUAGCAGAGUGUCUGGAGCACCUGCAAAGGGACGAGCAGGCCCAGCUGGGACAGACCCCCAGGAUCCACUGUGCCCCGAGUGAAGAGCCAAGUGCAGACAGCUGGAUGGCCCAAUGGCACAGGGAGGCCAUGAGCUCUCCAGAAAUACCCAAAGGAGUCACCGUCAUUGCAAGCACCAAUCCAGAUCUGAGAAGACCUCGGUCUGAACCCUCUAAUUACUACAGCAGUGAGAGCCACAAAGAUUGUCCAGCUCCCAAAAAGCAUAAAUUGAACCCCGAGUCCUUCCAGGCAAGGCAGGAGAAACUGCUUUGCCCUGCACUGAGCCUGGAGCAGCCAAAUGCCAGGAAGCAGAGCCCUAGUUCUAAGCAGUCUUCCCCUGAGACAAUCAGCCCCAGUGAAGGAGUGAGGGACUACAGCCGGGAAGCCUCCCCUCCCACUCCAGAGUCCGCAGCAUUCCAAGCCUCUGCACCUCAGCCUGUAGUACAGUGGAGUUCCAAAGAUCUUUACAUUGGUGUGUCUACAGUGCAGGUGACUGGAAAUCCGAAGGGGACCAGUGUAGUAAAGGACGCGGCACCUCCACAGGUGCGUCCCAGGGAACCAAUGAGUGUCCUGAUGAUGGCUAACCGAGAGGUGGUGAAUACAGAGAUGGGGGCCUACCGGGAUAGUGCAGAGAGCGAGGAAUGCCCCCAGCCCAUGGAUGAUAUUCAGGUGAACAUGAUGACCUUGGCGGAGCACAUUAUUGAGGCCACACCGGACCGAAUCAAGCAGGAGAACUUCGUGCCCAUGGAGUCCUCGGCCCUGGAAAGGACAGAUCCCGCCACCAUCAGUACGAUGAGCUGGCUGGCCAGUUACUUAGCUGAUGCCGACCGUCUGCCCAGUGCUGCCCACAUCAGGACUGCGUACACUGAGCCCCUAACUCCUUCUUCUAGUGCCAGCUUGAGCCCGGCAGGGUCCCCUGUCAGUGAAGCAGCUUUUGAGAAGCCCAGCCUUCCCUCGGCAGCAGACUGGUCAGAAUUUUUGAGCGCGUCCACCAGCGAGAAGGUAGAGAGCGAGCUCGCUCAGCUCACACUGUCAGACCAUGAGCAGAGAGAACUCUAUGAAGCCGCCAGGCUUGUCCAGACAGCUUUCCGGAAAUACAAGGGCAGACCCUUGCGGGAACAGCAGGAAGUGGCCGCUGCCGUCAUUCAGCGCUGCUACAGAAAGUACAAACAGCUGACAUGGAUAGCCUUGAAGUAUGCACUUUACAAAAAGAUGACCCAGGCGGCCAUUCUCAUCCAGAGCAAGUUCCGAAGUUAUUAUGAGCAGAAACGGUUCCAGCAGAGCCGGCGAGCUGCAGUGCUCAUCCAGAACUUCUACCGGAGUUACAAGAAAUGUGGCAGGAGGCGGCCGGCUCGAAGGACAGCAGUCAUUGUACAGCAGAAGCUCAGGAGCAGUUUGCUGACCAAAAAACAGGACCAGGCUGCUCGGAAAAUAAUGAGGUUUCUACGCCGCUGUCGUCACAGAGUGAAAGAAUUGAAAAAGGCCAAGGAACUUGAAGACAUACAGCAGCAUCCCUUAGCAAUGUGACAUUGCUUCUCAGACUGUUUUCAUUUCUGUUUUUAGCAGAGACAUGCAACAACAACAAACAUGCGCAUGCACACACACAC